AACUUGGGGGUUUUAUUGUUUAAAUAUUGUUCUGUUUAGAGAGAAGCAGGAUUACUUUGCUUAGCCUCUAGAAGUGGGGCCUCGCUCCUUGGUUGGACGAUUUCCACUGAAAUCCACAGAGGCUCACAUUAUUUGCUCACAUCCAGUUUUUCAAAGAGCUUUUUUUCUUCCCCUCUCAUGUGAAAUACCAGAAAACACAAGGUCUGUAAGCACAGCCCCGCUUGGUUCUCGCUCCUCCCUGGAUCACAUGUAAGCAGAAGGGGGGAAAGGUUUAGGAUGGGCCAUCGCAUCAUGAUAGUGAUUAUUUUAUUCAAUCAGGACGAGUUGAGCGACGUAUGAAUGGGUGUUGGCACUUCCUGCAGAUAGACUGGUAAGGUUGAGCACUCAGCUGCACUAUGGCUGACUGGGACUAUGACUAUCUGAUCAAGCUGCUGGCACUCGGGGACUCGGGCGUGGGAAAGACCACCUUCCUCUACAGGUACACCGACAGCAAGUUCAACCGCAAGUUCACAACCACAGUGGGCAUCGACUUCAGGGAAAAGAGAGUGAUGUACACAGGGAAAGGUGCUGAUGGGACGACUGAGAGGAACUUCAAAGUCCACCUUCAGCUUUGGGACACAGCGGGUCAAGAGAGGUUCCGCAGCCUCACCACAGCUUUCUUCAGAGACGCCAUGGGCUUCUUGCUGAUGUUCGACUUGACCAAUCAGCAAAGUUUCCUCAACGUGAGGAACUGGAUGAGUCAGCUGCAGGCCAACGCAUACUGUGAUAGUCCAGACAUCGUGCUGGUGGGCACCAAGGCAGACAUGCGGGAUAUCAGGGAUGUUCACGCCAGACAGGCCAGAGAUCUGGCAGACAGAUACGGCAUCCCCUACUUUGAGACGAGUGCCAUGACGGGCGUCGAUGUGGACCAGGCGGUGACCACCCUGCUGGACCUGGUGAUGAAGAGGAUGGACCAGAGCUCUUCCGGGGGCCCCAGUUCUGAACCCAACGGCAGCCCCGUCGUCAGCCACGAAGAGGAGGAGGCUCCUUCCAGGAGGAGGUGUGCCUGUUGAUGUUACCACCAGCAGCCACUCAUUUCUUUUUUUUACAUUUGCAUCUAAAUGACACUGCAUUUUUAAAACGCUGCUGUUUUCUGGAGCUUGACCAGAGUGCCUGCUAGGUGAGAAGAUCAUUUGAGAUCUUAAAAUCAGCUACUGCUGUCUGAAAUGUUAUUUAUUCACAGCUUGUGCAUUGUGAGAAAGCGUAGAUACAGGAGAACAAGACCUUACAAAUUGUAUAUAGUACAGUAAGUGAAUAGGUAUUGUAAAAAAAAUGUUUUAAAAACACCAAGUGGUUCUGAUUCAGCGAAAAAAGAGUCAAUUAUCGUCUUCAAAUGGGUCAUAUCAGAGAAAAAUACUGUUUUUAUUUGACACAUUGAGGCAUUGAUGGAAGGAAUAUGCAGGCACAUAACGUAUAUUUAUCAUGGAGUAUAAUCAAAAAACACUUAAGACAUGGUUACAUUUCUUAUAUGAAUGAUCGUUAGAACAACCAAGAUAGCAAAGUCACUUACAUGAUUUAUGACUUUUAUACGACAUGUACAUAAGCGGCCAAGCUUUUUUAUGCUUUAUGGAACAAAGUUGCCAUGCAGAUCGAACACAAGUACAAGAAUGUUAAAGGGUUGUUGGAACAAAUCCUGUAUUGUGCUGCGUUUGGAAUAAAGACGUUUUAUGUUUAGGUUAUGUGUAUGUCACUGUCUUGUCAUUUUAAAUGUAACGCACAAAACUAUACUGUUAUUCUGACUGGAAAUACAAUCCUCACAGACGUUGUUAGCAUCAUUAUUGUUUACACACAUUCUACACAUUGAUUUUGAUUUAAA